ACACACACACACACACACACACACACACACACACACACACACCCGCGCGCGCAGACGCCCAACUCUGUCCUUGUGUCAACAAAAUCUACUGCCAUGCUCGUUAGUUCUAGGAGAAGCCUUUGGACUACUUCAUGUCUCUUUUUUUUUACUUAGGAGACUUACAGUUUGGGGAAAUAAAUGAAUACUGGAGUUAUCUGUGAAAAUACGGCACCUCCGGCAAACACCUGCCACACCUUCAGCACUCUAACAGCCCAGCGAUCCAGCUGUCCAAAUGGGGUGCAGAUGCUGUUGCAUGAUGAAAAGUUACAUCCAUGACCCUACAGACCCCGUAGAAGUCAAUGGUCUGAAGCAGGAUCCUUCGACUAAUUCCUUAUUCUCUUCCUACCAAUUUCACGGAGAGUCAGGUGAUGGAAAAAAACAAGGCUUCCACAAUUUGGGCUACACCAGCAACAGCAACCUCAGCAAAUCUGACAUUGAAAACAAUCACAUAAACCAGUCUAGAUCGAACCUACCCCAGUCAGCUGGGGGCAACUCUAGCCUGUAUAUUUUACAGCCAGAUGGAGUGAUCUCUUCAACCGUCCCUAGUGCUCCACCCUUGUGUCCUGUUACACCACUGGGCACAGAACCUGGGAAACAAACAGAGAGGUUCAGAGAUUCGGGCCUGGGGAACGGGUCUGAUGGUUAUUUGUGCAGAACAGAACAGGAAGAGGAAGGAAGACAUGGAGCAAGGGACACGGCAGACGAGGAGAGCGUCAUAUCAGUGGAUAUCCAUACUAGCAGCACAAGCCUCUCCUCGGCUGACACCAAGCUCAUGAAAGCAGGGUCGAAGGAAAAAGACACAGAGGACUCUGUGAGCGUCACAGACUCUAUGGUGGCGGAAGCACUCGCUGCCUUGGAGGCAGCCACUGCAGGGGAGGAGUAUGAGUAAGAACUGGAGCAUACCACCUGUCAUGGCACCAGGACCUGACACGAAUGAACACCAUAUAUGGCCAAAAAAAAAUCUAUUUUUCUUUAUAUAUGUUUAAUUCACAAAAUCUUCAUGAAGGAUGUUUUUAAAAUGAAGUUUUAAACAGACUCCCACAUGUUUACAGUUCUUACUGUAUAUAAACUGAAGAUAUAAUAUGAAUAUAUUCUACCAAGCAUUUUGGUAGCAUGGAGUGUAUGGGCUGUUACUUUCUGAACCUUUCUCUGUGCCUUUUAUAGUCUAUGCAAAUCCAUACUACUGUGAUAAACUUUGAAUUAUUAUUUUAGUUGACAAUAUGCAAUAUUCUCUAACUUCCCGAUGACACUAUAAGCCUGAGAGGCUGAGACACCGCUGAAGCAAGUUACCAUGCAAAUGUCCGAUAGGCUCAGAAAAACAUAUAUUCAUAAAAAAUAAUAAUAAAAAAAGACACUAGUUUUCAUCCUUCCCAAAAUGUGAAGACUUUUAAAUGGAAACAGGGUUUUGACCAGGAACAACCUCCUCAUGGAGAGAGCUUUAUUCUCAAAAUGUUUGCAGAUUAAGCCAAAGCCGUACACUUGUUGUCUUAUUUUAGUUUUAAUUGAGCAGUUCUAAUCAGGCUGUUGUAUCACAUCACAUCAUCCAUUUACAACCAAAAUCUUGAUUCCACUAUGGUGUGUAAAAAAAAAAAAAAAAGCUGUCGACUAGGAGUCGAAGUGAGCAUCUGUCUGACAUUCACCAUAAAUACUAGUUAGCACUGCCUGUCUAGUAACUUUAGUAGCUUUAACAAAACCACUGAGAACUGCUGGUAAAACAACAGCACAGUUUCCACAGUGACACCUACAUUUCAUGAAGAACUGUUAUUAUAGAGCUAACUGCCAUGACUUUAUUUAUGCAAUUGACAAACCUUGGGCCAAUGACAGUAGUUGACCUAAAAUAUAAUAAAUGAAUAAAUCUGAGUUGUGAAAAUAUGGUUAACUCCGUGAGGCUCAAGACUUCAGCUGGUGACUUUAUGUGAGGAAGGACUUUGAAACGAUGAUGAAGAAGAAGCACAGUAAAACACUUUGCUCAAUCUAGCAGGUUAAUGUGAUCUUAUAUUAUCAGCCAUACCAGUUUCUCAAAUGCUGCUUUUGUAAGCUUGUAUGUCAAUGAAGGUUAAACUUUCAGUUGUAAAGGAUUCUGAAAGUGUGGACUAUGUUUGUUAUAGUACAGCCAAAAAACUUAUCUUUUGCAAAAUGUAUAUAUGUAAAUGUGCGGUCACUGUUUCUUCUAUGAUAUUUAUUGUCUUUCAUGUUGAGAUCAAUACAGAUGUGUAUUUUCAAAUGUUUUGUAAUUUUCAAAAUCUGAUCCACUUAAUUAAUUUAACAAGAGAUAAAAGAAAAAAAAUAAUAAUAAUAAAGCACAAUGCUUGUGAUCA